CUGGUCAUGGAAAAAAUAUUACAUGGAACACGAUCCUUCUCAUACUACUCCAUUCCCCGAUCCGCUCCGCUCAGCACCCAAACUGCCACCGCCCCAUCCUCCGCCCUCGCCGACUUCCUCAUUUCCGCCGCCCUUUACCAAUCUCUCCCCACCUCGCAUUCCAUCUCUAGCGAUCGCCGCACCAUCGACUUCUCUUCCCUUCCUUCCCCCAUCCCCGACUCCGCCGUUCUCCGCCUCUUCCGCCUCCCCUCCCUCUCCCCCGAUACCAAGCUCUCUCUUUUCCGCCUCCUCUCAUCCCUCCCCUCCUUCUCCCCCUCCUCUUCCUCUCUCUCAGCGCUCCUCCUCUCUCUUUCCCGCGCUGGCCGCCUUUCCGACCUCUCCACUCUCCUUCGCUUUGCCCUCUCCUCCUCCGCCGUCGAUCCCACCACCUUUUCUUCUGUCCUCUCGACAUUCAUCCGAGCGGAACACUAUGACCUCGCCAUUGCCGCCCUCGAUGACUCCGUCACCCUCCUCGACGCUUCCACCGCCGCGAAGGUCCUCACCCCACGAACAUACUGUACCAUCAUUCUCGCUCUUCUCAAAAAAUCUCAGCUUGAUCUCGCCCUUCCCAUGUUCCAGAAGCUUGUGGCCUCCUCCGCCGAGCUCGACCCGCGCGCCUGUAAUGAGCUCCUAGUCGCGCUUCGCAAGACCGACAUGCGGGACGAUUUCUGCAAUGUAUUUGACGAAUUGUCGAAGAGAGGUUAUCCCUUUGACACGUGGGGUUACAACAUUUGCAUCCAUUGUUUUGGCGAGUGGAGGCAAUUGGGAUCUGCUUUGAAGCUUUUUAAAGAAAUGAAAUCGAAGGGACUAGAACCAGACCUCUGCACUUAUAAUAGUGUUGUCGGCGCUCUUUGUGCUGGAGGUAAGGUUGUUGAUGCGUUGGCUGCUUAUGAGGAGUUGAAGGAGUCCGGCCAUGAACCGGAUCGUUUUACUUAUCAAAAUUUGAUCUUGGGCUGCUGCAAAUCCUAUCGUGUUGAUGAGGCCUUGCGGGUUUUCACUGAAAUGGAGCAGAUAGGCAUAAAGGCUGAUACUUUGGCCUACAAUACUUUGCUUGAUGGUCUCAUGAAAGUUAGGAAAUGGACUGAAGCCAGCCAUCUGUUUGAGAAAAUGGUUGCUGAUGGGGUCAGAGCUUCACGCUACUCUCUCAACAUAAUGAUCGAUGGUUUUUUUAAAAAUGACCGUCCUGCUGCUGCUUUUGCACUCUUCUCUGAAUUGAAGAAGAGGGGACAGUUUGUUGAUGCCAUUUCUUAUAGUAUUGUUAUUUCUCGUCUGUGCAAGGUGGGCCGGGUAUCUGAAGCUCUUGACUUGGUUAAGGAGAUGGAGGAGAGAGGAUUUUCUGUUGAUUUGGUGACAAUAACAUCUCUUCUGAUGGGACUCCAUAAGGAUGGAAGAUGGGAUUCAGCAGAGAAGUUAAUGAAACACGUGAGAGAUACCGUUCUGUUGCCUAGUGUUCUCAGCUGGAAAGAGAACAUGGAAACUUCACUUAGAGCUCCUCAGGACAAGGAGAAGGAUUUUACUCCCCUCUUCCCUUGUGUUGGUAGUCUUAGCGAUGUAAUAGGUUUGAUUGAUCAUGCUUCAGAAAAUGGCUCUACAGAGCCCGUUUCUAGUAGCUCUUAUGAAGAUGAAUGGUCUUCUUCUCCCUACCUGGUUAAACUUGCUGAAAAUUUCAAGACAUUUGAUGGAUCUAAAUUCUUUAUACCAAGUAGAGGACAGAGGAUUCAGGUGAAUGGAAUCAAAUCAUUCGAUAUGGAUAUGAUGAACACUUACUUGUCAAUUUUUUUGUCUAAUGGUAAGCUGAGCAUGGCUUGCAAAUUGUUUGAAAUAUUCAGAUCUUUGGGAACUGAACCUGUGGGAUACACAUAUAACUCUUUAUUGAGCUCAUUUGUUAAGAAGGGUUAUUUAAAAGAUGCAUGGGGCAUAGUGCAAGAUAUGAGGGACAAGAAAUGCCCAGCUGAUAUUGCCACUUUUAACUUGAUAAUACAAGGUUUGAGCAAGAUGGGAAAGGGUGAUCUUGCUACCAGCAUUCUUGAUUGGUUUGUAAAAAAUGGGGGCUAUCUUGACAUUGUAUUGUAUAAUACUAUGAUUCACGCACUAGGAAAGGCUGGUAGUGUGGAUGAGGCUAAUAAGCUGUUCAAGAAAAUGAUAGAGAUUGGAAUUAACCCAGAUGUAGUUACUUUCAAUACAGUCAUUGAAGUCAAUUCUAAAGCUGGGAGAGUCAAAGAAGCACACAAGUUUUUGAGGAAGAUGCUGGCUGCAGGGUGCAUGCCAAAUCAUGUUACUGACACAAUUCUUGAUUUCCUUGAGAGGGAGAUUGAGAAAACAAGGCUCCAUAGGGCAACCAUUAGGCGCAAUAAGGACUUUAAUCCUGAUAUUAUUUAG